AUGAUAGGAGCCACUGGAAUGAUCCCUACACCCAAGUCAAAAACAUGGAACAGCCGAGAUGAUCUCGACGAACUGAAAAUCAAGGAUCCUGGGCUGGCUAUCGCCGCGAGUAUUCCAGUUCAUAGACUCGGAACUCCCGAAGAAGUGGCUAACGUUGUGGUCAUGUUUGCAAAGACGGGCUAUAUGACUGGACAGGAAGUCGUUCUUGCCGGUGGCAUAAAAUAG